GUUGGAGAAUGUGCAGUAUCCCUACCAACUCUACAUUGCUCCUUCCACCAGCAGCACAGAGAGGCCCAGCCCCAACGGUCCCGACAGGCCCUUUCAGUGCCCCACCUGUGGGGUUCGCUUCACCCGCAUUCAGAACCUAAAGCAACACAUGCUCAUCCACUCAGGCAUUAAACCCUUUCAGUGCGAUCGUUGUGGGAAAAAGUUCACCCGCGCUUACUCGCUCAAGAUGCAUCGCCUGAAGCACGAAGGUAAACGCUGUUUCCGGUGCCAGAUAUGUAGUGCCACUUUCACUUCCUUCGGGGAAUAUAAACACCACAUGCGGGUUUCCCGGCACAUUAUCCGCAAGCCUCGGAUUUACGAGUGCAAAACAUGUGGCGCCAUGUUCACCAACUCUGGAAAUUUAAUCGUUCACCUGCGGAGCUUGAACCAUGAAGCGUCAGAGCUAGCAAACUACUUCCAGAGCAGUGACUUCCUAGUCCCGGACUACUUAAACCAGGAGCAAGAGGAGACCCUCGGGCAGUAUGAGCUAGGGGAGCAUGGCUUUGAGAGCAACUCUUCUGUCCAAAUGCCUGUCAUUUCACAGGUGUCCUCAACUCAGAAUUGUGAAAGCACUUUCCCCUUGGGGUCUCUGGGUGGGUUGGCAGAGAAGGAAGAAGAUGUGCCAGAGCAGCCAAAGACUAAUGCCACUGCUGAGGCAGCUGCGGGUGACCCUCCGAAACCGGAGCUGUCAUCGAUCACUAUCGAAUAAUUCAUGGUUUGGUUUCAUUUUUGUUCUUUGGAAAGUGCCUGUGUUUGGUCCUGUACAUUUUAAUUUAAUUUUUUUAAAGAGAAGUGGGGAGGAUUUCCCCUUUUUACUUUGUAAGCUACGCUUUAAACAGAAACCUGCGACAGAUGUUACCUUAUUUUUCCUGACUGAAUGAUCACUUCUGUGAAAAUAUUUAAGACUGAUUGCACAAAAAAAAAAAAAAAAAGAGAUCUUGUCAGAACAUCAUGGAAGCUGUGAUACACUUCUAAAGAAGAACAACUGAUUCAGAUCACUUUAACUAUUCUUUCUUCCACAGUUAGAGCAGCUCAUUAAGUUUCUCUUGCUCCUGCAGACCCUCUGGUUAAGGGAGGGAAAUCAGAGGAAACCUUUUCCAAAUGACAAACAAAAGGAUGCAUUGGAGAUCACAAUUGAACAGUUUUGACUAGUUUUGAGUGGAUGCUUUAAUCUUCUGCAUAAAAAAGAUGACACUUCCU